AUGACUUCAUACAAAUUCGAAGGGUGGUUGGGCCAGUCGCCUGACGCUGUCAAUGGAAAGAUGGUUUGGGGAGAAUUUGAACCAAAGAAGUGGACCGAGGACGACGUCGACAUCCAGAUCACACAUUGUGGCAUGUGUGGCUCUGACCUGCACACCUUGAGUUCUGGAUGGAGCCCAACUCCCUAUCCGUGCUGUGUUGGACAUGAGAUUGUGGGUAAAGCUGUUCGUGUUGGCAGCAAAGUUAAGGAUAUCCAAGUCGGAGAUCGUGUCGGCGUCGGUGCUCAAGCCCGCAGCUGUCUAGAGCCUGAUUGCCCUCAAUGCUCUAACCAGCAGGAGAACUACUGCAAACGUGGUAAUGUCGGCACAUACGGCUCUGUUUACCCCAACGACGAGGGGAAAUCAUACGGCGGCUAUGCUGACUAUAACCGUACCAAUGGUCACUUCGUGUUUAAGAUUCCAGAUGGCUUAUCAUCUGCUGCUGCCGCGCCUAUGCUAUGUGGUGGCAUCACCGUAUUUGCACCUCUACAGCACUACGGCUGUGGACCAGGUAAAUCAGUCGGUAUUGUGGGUGUUGGCGGACUAGGCCACUUUGGUGUCAUUUUCGCCAAGGCCCUUGGUGCAGAUAAGGUCGUUGGUGUUUCCAGAAAGGCUGCUAAGAAGGAUGAGGUCCUGCAGCUCGGAGCUGAUGCUUAUAUUGCAACUGAUGACGAUGAGAAGUGGUCGGAAACAGAAGCUGGGUCUCUAGACCUCAUCGUCAGCACCGUUUCGAGCUCAAAGAUGCCCCUUGAUGGUUACCUCAAACUACUCAAAGUUGGUGGCACUCUCGUCCAAGUUGGCGCCCCGGACGAAGGCAAACUUCCUGCUAUGAAUAUUUUUACCAUGCUUAUGGGUGGCUUGAAGUUUGCUGGCAGUGGUAUUGGCUCCCCAGCUGAGAUUAGAGACAUGCUGAAGCUUGCUGCUGAGAAGAACAUUAAGCCUUGGAUUGAAACACGGCCGAUGGAGGAUGCGAACCAGGCUGUUCUCGAUCUUGUAGCGGGUAAACCCCGAUUCCGCUAUGUUUUGGUUAACGGAAAACAUGCCUAA